GCUGCCGGCGCGGGUCUGGUACAAGACACCAGAUUGGCCCACGGGCGCUCGCGGCGCCGCUCCGACGGCAGGGGCAGCCGGCGGUUGCUGUCGGCAGCGCUGCGCCGUGUCCCGCGUGGGGCUCAGCGGCUGCCGGCGCCUGCGGGGAGCGCGAGGUCCGGGGCAGGGGCAGGCGCGUCCCGGCAGACACGGAAGAACAGCAGAGGCGGACGAAAGGCAGACCUUGAGCCGCGCGGAGAAUUGCGGCGCUGCCCGGCUGUCGCUGCCCGGUGCUGAUAACUGUGUCCUCGCGCUCCUCCCCGCGCCGUCCUCUCGCCGGCUGGCGGCAGCUGGUCGGGGGUGCACGGGGCGCACCUGCCCCCGACAGCUGACACUGGUCCUGUCGGUAGGGCUGGUGCCCCCUGACUGGGCGGCAUCUGCAGGUGCCCCCAGACUCGGGAGGCACCAGACGUUCAUGUUCUCACCUCAGCUUCAGUCCACACCUCAUACCCUUCUCCCCUGCUUUACCCCCAGACCACCGUCUGUGAAAAGCUCCUGUGCCCUCAGGUUUCUUUCCGUGCAUCUGGCUCCCUUAUCUUCAGUCCCCUCAAGGAACUGCAGGAAGCAGGUGCUAUUUGCUGGCACCGUGAUGUUCGUCCUGCUGGUUGCGUGGUACCCAUUUGUAUGGCACAAAGCAUAACGGGGUCCCAGUCUCAGUCCAUCGUAGACACAGUUGAAUAUUGAUCGCUAACAAAGAACCGCGGGAGGAUGGAGAUGCGGUGCUCUGGGAAGGCCGAUGGACUGGGUAGGGGGGUAAGAAACACCACUAGGUGCCGCCAAGCCUGUGCCUAGGCGCACCGAACGUGUGCAGUCAGUGGUCUGCCUCUACGGAGCAAGGGAGCAACGGCCACGUUGAAGACGACGAGGGAAAUCGUGUUGCGGGGGUGCAAACAAUCUUGUUUGUGGAAACCCUGAGCAGGGAAAACGUACUACUCCUAGGGAAGGAGGCGUGUGGCCUGACAGGCCAGCGCAGCACAGACCGAGACAGGCAAGGAGACAGACUGCUGGAAGAAUUGGACAACUAGUCUUUUGGGAGCACAGAAACUCUGAACGUUUAGUCAAAAAGAAAUUCUUUGCCUCCUGUAUAGUUUCUGAAAGCCCUUCCCUGGCCGUCCUGUUUGGAAUCCACCUGGUUCAGGAGACUUGUCCCUGCCCACCUGCUUUGUUGGGCACAGUCAUAUGAAUUCUGUGCCACCCUGCGAGGGUGGACCAUCUGCCCCUUUCCCCUGGAAGAGCAGGGAGCGAUCUCGCAGAGAGGGUGCUGAGGCCCAGGGGCCACUAGUUGUUUCAGGGCAGGUAGGUAGAGGAGCGGCUGUGUUUGAAAAGAAGGGGGAAGGGAGCAUAUCAGCCCCUGCUCGUUUCUUCCCAGCCUGGUACAAGAGCAGUAGGCGGGAGCCUUCUCUGCUCCCUCCUCUCCUGCAAAAAUGGAGAUUUUUCAGAAACAGGAGCUGGCUCCUGGGCUGCCUGGAGGCCUCAGCAACUCUAGGAGGACGAGCGGAGGAGGAGCAGAAGGGCCCACAUGAGCCUCUGAUGCAGAGAUCCAGGAAUCCUGAGCACGCACCACCACCUCUCCUGCGGUGCCCAAGACUGCUUCAUCCGUUGUUCUAGAGAUGGACGUGGACACUCGUGCAUCUUGCCAGAGCCUGCCCUAUUCUGGAAGUGCUGGUGCCAAACCGAAGAUGGCCUCAACCAAACCGAAGAUGGCUGUGCUCAUCCUGGGCUUCCUCUUUGUUUUGGCUGUGAUCGCUUUAAUCACCGUGGCAGUGACCCAGAACCAGCGGCUCCCAAAGAACAUUAAGUACGGGAUUGUGCUGGAUGCUGGCUCGUCUCACACUAACCUGUACGUGUACACAUGGCCAGCAGAGAAGGAGAAUGACACUGGGGUGGUGCAGCAGGUAGAAGUGUGUAAAGUGGAAGGCCCAGGCAUCUCGGGGUAUUCCCAGGCUGUGCAGAACGCUAGCCGCUCCCUGCAGCAUUGCUUGGAGAGAGCCCAGGAGGUGGUUCCACAGCAACAGCACCAGGAGACGCCUGUCUAUCUCGGAGCAACGGCUGGCAUGCGGCUGCUCAGCUUGGAGAACAGGCAUGUAGCAAUGGAGGUCCUGUCUGCAGUGGAGAACAGGCUCCGCUCAUCCCCCUUCAACUUCCAGGGUGCCAGGAUUAUCACUGGCCAGGAGGAAGGAGCCUAUGGCUGGAUCACCAUCAAUUACCUGCUGGGCAGCUUCAAGCAGUCGGGCUGGCUGAACUUCCUACCCAAGCUGACCUCCAUCAAGGAGACGGUUGGAGCCCUGGACCUCGGUGGGGCUUCCACACAGAUCACCUUUGUGCCAGAGCAGGAGCAGAGCGAGUCUCAAGAAAACUCACUGCACUUCCGCCUCUAUGGCAAGAGCUACAACGUGUACACGCACAGCUUCCUGUGCUACGGCAAGGACCAGGCUCUGCGCAUGAAGCUGGUCAGAGACUUGCAGAACGCCGAGACGGCCCGGCUCCAGGAUCCCUGCUUUCACACUGGCUACGAGAGGAACGUGAGCAUCCGUGACCUCUAUGCGAGCCCCUGUACAGCUAACUACAAGCAGUCCCUCGCGUUCCCUCAGCUCCACGUUGUGGGGAGUGGGGAUUAUCAGGCCUGCCAAACCCGCAUCGAGGAGCUCUUCAACAAAACCUCUUGUCCUUACUCCAAAUGCUCCUUCAAUGGGAUUUUCCAGCCUCCAUUACAAGGGCACUUUGGGGCAUUUUCUGCAUUCUACUUUGUGAUGAACUUUCUGAACCUGUCAGCAGACAGCAGCCCGGCCCCGCUGAAUAGCGCGAUAAGCACCAUGAAGAACUUCUGCUCCAGACCUUGGUCUGAGGUGAAGGCAGCAUAUCCCCAGGUAAAGGAGAAGUACCUCAGUGAAUACUGCUUCUCAGGGACCUACAUCAUCUCCCUGCUGAAAACUGGCUAUGAGUUCAGUCUGGAGACGUGGCAGCAGAUCCAGUUCCUGGGAAAGAUUGGCAGCAGUGAUGCAGGCUGGACUCUGGGCUAUAUGCUGAAUCUGACCAACAUGAUCCCUGCAGAGCAGCCCCUGAUGCGGCCCCUCUCCCAUGCCGGCUAUGUGGGGCUCAUGGUGCUGUCUUCCCUGGUGCUGGUGGGUGCGCUGCUGCUGGGCUGGUGCAUCUUCCGCAAGCCAAGGUGCCUGAGGAAGGGCAUCGUGUAGCAAGACUCGGGUCCUGCAGUGCAGACUGUCGUGGGGUCCUCUGAGUUCACUGGCAGGACCAGCCCAACCCGGCAGAGCCCCACCUGCCUCUCACUGACGCUGCUGACUCUACAAGGGAAUUUGUUCUUUGAUCCAUGCCUGGCACUGACGGGCCGCACGCUGUGUGCACACUACAGGCUCCAGCUUUCCCUGCCAGGGACAUAUCAUAAUGCCCCCUUCAAGAGCAGGCCACAUAAAGCAGCAGCAGCAGCUUCUUUCUUCCCUGAACCUUUGCUCUUUGGCUUUGUCUUGCCCACAGCAAUAGAGCACUGGUCCCCAUGGCAGCGAUCCCUGUGAUUCAGGGGCACCCAGAUGCUGGGAGGUGAAUCUCAGGGCCGCACCUGCCAUUGAAAUCUCAGUGCCAUUGCACUGCAGAGAAAUCUGGUCUCACUCCCCUUGCAGUAGCCACAGCAGGCCUUCAGGUUCCCUUGAGAGUGGGGCAGCUGCACCGGUCUAAGUCCAGCUGCUCCCCUUUGCCUCCUGGCCCCUGCAGCUCCCCAAAGCAUCCUGCACCCCAGCUCUGUUGGCUGGGUACCACCCAGGUGGGCUGGCCACACACCUGAACAUGUAGCAGGGACAAGCUGAUGUGAGGGGUUAAGGAUUGAGGUCACAAGGUUUUGAGGCAGACACCAGCCCUUAGCUGGGUGCCAGCAGCUGGCUCAGAUGUGAAAUACUGGGAGGCAAAAUGUCCUUUACAGGGAGGAAUCCUUCCCUUCCAGAGCCUGGCCCUAGCCCAGCGUAGGCCCAAAGCAAGCACCCGGUCCAGACAGGGCUGUCCCGUCGCCUCCGUGUAAUGGACCUGUGUGUUGGGUCACACGUUCUUAGCCCAGCUCUGCUGAACUCUCCAGGAAUUGCUAACGAUGGUGAAGGAUCACGUGCAAACAGCUAGCCCUUGAUUCCUGCCCCUGGGGAAACAGGUCCAGCAGAGGCUGUGCAGCUGUCCAGCAGCACGGCAGUGCUCUGCCAGUGGGCAAAGGGCUGUUCCCAAAGUUUUUAAGAGCAGGCUGGACAAGCCCUUGUCUGGGGUGGUUUAGAUGGGGAGGAUCCUGCCUGGAGCAGCAAGCUGGACUGAAUGUGACCCCCUGGGGGCCCUGCCAGCCUGGCUUUGCUAUGACUCUGUGCUGGUCACGGAGGAAGCAAGGCCUAGGAGGGGUGUUUAUUAGGACACUGUGCCAGUGCAACUGAAACACAUGGGUACUGAUGGACUUGCACAUUGUGUUAGCAAUGGAAAGAAAAUUAAAGUCGCACUCUGGAA